AUGGAUCGUUUCAGAAGAAGAAGUGCAAACAUUGAUGUUGCUAUACCGUCUCCUGCUUCCGAACGUGACAGCAACCCCUCACCAAUUCACGUCCCCUUCGACCUCAACGCUCCCGACUCCGCAGUAUCGCUAGACCAGGACUCGAAACGAUUCGCAACCUUUUUUGGUCGCUGGGUAAAUAAAUCACCCUCCGCUUCAGUUCAGCCUGAGUCGACCAACAAGUCAAAGCAUGUGCUUCUCGAACAUCCUGGACGCAAUCCACUAUCGUUAUCAUUUCACGAGCGUAACUCCAUCGUCAAAUCCUCAAUAUCACCACGAAAGCCACGACAUGUACCCAUCAUAAUAUCCAAGUAUUCCUCACCUUACGACCCGCCUCAGCAGAUUCAGAGCCCCGUACUGAGUCACUGCCCUUCACUUCCUGAAAUACUGCUACCUGUUUCAGCAGCCUUCACCACUGAAGCAGAUGCCACGAAGUUGGGCGCAAAACCAUCGCAAAGUCGUGAGAAGGAAGUCCCAUCUCAGGUCGUCAUUCCGCAAACCACCAUGAAUACGAGCCAGUUGAGUUUGACUGCUUCCGAAUCUGGGACGGAGAGUGCUGCGAGCUCGAUACGCCUCUCACACUCGCAAAGUAGCCUCGCUGCUACUACUAGUCCAUCACCUACACAUCAACAGAAUGUGGCUGCCGCGAAUGUUUCAGGCUUCGUCUGCAACAUACACCGGACCACUGGCCAAGAGCCUUAUCCACUCGUUGGUGCAACAACGACGAUACUUGGUGACAAGCUGUACGUCUUUGGAGGGCGUGUCCACAGUAGGACCAACUCUCACCUAUCUUCGAGCUUGUAUGAACUUGACCUGAUCAGACAGCACUGGACGAAGCUUGACACCACGGGAGACAUUCCUCCAUCACGUUAUUUCCAUAGUGUGUGCGCAUUAGGCGACACAAAGCUGGUCUGCUAUGGAGGAAUGUCCCCAGCAUCGCACCAAAGAUCCCCCCCUGCUAAUGAGCAUGCCGAAGCGCAGCCAGAGGUGAUUGUGAGCAACGAUAUAUUCAUUUAUGAUGUCCCAACUAGAACGUGGACCCAGAUACACCCUGCUGGCGGGGAUAGUCCACAGGGUAGAUAUGCUCAUUGCGCCACAAUAUUGCCUUCGUCAGCUGUCUUUGCAUCAGCUAGCUCCCAUACCUCUGCCAUUCACCACAAUCCACCUUCUGCAAAUCCACAUUCCGGGACGAUCGGUGUGCAGAUCGAUGGUACAGGAGGAGCAGAAAUGAUCGUCGUUGGAGGACAAGAUAGCAACAACAAUUACAUUCAGCAGAUCAGCGUUUUCAACCUACGAAAUUUGAGAUGGACCAGUAGUACACCUUAUGAUCGAAAUUGUGGCGCGUACAAAAGCAUGGUCACGGCAUUGCCAGAGAUCAACGUACAAAAUAUUGGCCAAGGAUCUACGUUAGAUGAGGGGGUAACACAGCAGUCGGGAACACCUAUGCUGAUAUACUCGAAUUACAACUUCCUCGACGUCAAGUUGGAGCUGCAAGUGCGGACCCCUGAUGGAAGGCUGGAGGAGAAAACCAUGAAUGGGUCAGUAUCACCACCCGGGCUCAGGUUUCCCAAUGGAGGUGUGAUCAAUGGUCAUUUCGUGGUUAGUGGCACAUAUUUGACCUCAUCGAAGCACGAAUAUGCAUUAUGGGCGCUCGACCUCAGGACAUUAACGUGGGCUAUGAUCGAUACAGCCGGAACUGUCUUCGGACAAGGCAGCUGGAACAGGGGAAUCUUGUGGAACCGCCGAAAUGCAUAUAUCAUACUUGGCCAUCGAAAACGCAACCUAGUCGACGACUACAACCACAGAAGAAUAAAUUUCGCACACUUUUGUCUUGUUGAGCUUGAAGCAUAUGGAUUGUAUGACAACCCACGAAAGAAAAGCCCGUUGUCUGCAUACGUGUCUAAGUCAGCACCUUCAAUCCCUGCCUCCUUGCAGCAAAAUCUGCCAUCGAAGAGUGCAGGUGGAAGGAAGAUUUCAGCCGUUGCAGAACAACUUGGUCAUACGGCACUUUAUGUGACCGAACUAUGCGACAUGGACAUAAUUGCCCAGAACGGAGAGCGAAUUUCGUGCAACUCCAGAAUUCUGUCUCAACGAUGGGGUGCUUUCUUCGACCAGCUUUUGCUUGACUCAGCGUUAUCCUAUGAAGGCAUCGCUGAAUCAGAGGCUACGACCUUAAGACCCACGAUGGCUUCGCGUGCAGCAAGCCGUAUAUCGGCUCUUACGAUCACACCAAGCACAAAUACCAACGGCGGCACAUCGACCGACGAAAGAUCAUAUAGUAGAUCUACUCAAACAACGCUAGUAGACCUACCCUCAUUGAACUCGAUCCCAGCAGCUGCUCGAGGUCGUGCGCUUUACUUACCUCACAUGGUUUCCACGAUCAAGCUCAUGCUGCAUUUUCUGUAUACCUCAGCCUUACCUUCGGUCAAUGAUCCUCUCUGCUCGGUGCAUACGCUGUGCUCUUUGCUACAGCUAGCACGUCCCUACCAAAUCGAUGGACUUCUGGAAGCAACCAUAGAGCGCUUGCAUGAGGUUUUGGAUGGACGGAAUGCAGCGGCUGUAUUUAAUGCCGCCGCCAUGGCUGCUGGAGGAGGACGCGCCAAUGGCUAUAGUGGCCAUGGGACAUUGGAAGCACUUGAGAGGCGUGAAAGUGUGGCGACGAUGGUUGUUCCUCCUGGUCUGCAAAGAGGAAGUCUUCUUGGGGAUGCCGUUGGCACCAUGUCUGAUGAUCGCAAUAGAUAUGGCGAACGACGUGGGCACGGUAGGACCGGCUCGGGUGAUUCUACCAGUACGGCUACAAGUGGAACAACCAGCACGACCUUUUCACAGACUGAUACCGAAAGUCCGAUAGUUGACGAAGGACCUAGAGGCAGAAGGGACAGUAGCAGACAAAUCUGGAACGGUGAAUUGAGUAGUGUCAUCGGCCUACAAAAGAGAGGCCUGCGAGGCUUGAUGGAGGGUCGACGAUUAAGGGAACGAGCGAACACAUCAGAAGGCUGA